AUGAACUUAGAAAAUAUACCUUUAUCAGAACAAACCAAAAAAAAUCUAUCAAAAAUUGGUUAUUAUCAACUAACCGAUAUUCAGUUAAAAGUCAUUUCUCCUGUGCUAGCAGGAAAAGAUAUUGUUGCUCAAUCCCAAACUGGGACUGGAAAGACUGCUGCUUUUCUCAUCCCUGUUCUCGAAAAAUUGGAAGUUAAUUCUAGACCACAAGUACUUAUUCUGGUUCCUACUCGGGAACUGGCUUUACAAGUAAGCGAAGAGGCUAAAAAAUUGUCCUCUCAUAAAAAUUUGCGAAUUUUAGCCGUUUAUGGUGGAGAUCCUAUUCAUCGUCAGUUGAGAUUGCUUCGUCAGGGGGUUGAAGUGAUAGUGGGGACUCCAGGUCGGGUUAUUGACCAUCUUGAAAAAGGAAACUUAAAAACCGAAAACCUAAAAUUUUUAAUCUUGGAUGAAGUGGAUGAAAUGAUUAACAAAGGCUUUUUGCAAAAUUCUGCCAAAAUCCAGAAUACAUUAAAACCGAAAGGGAAGGAGAAAGGUUUAAAAGUUGACUAUAUUCAUAGUGGUUUAUCACAGCGUAGGAGAAUUAGAGUAUUCGAUCAGUUCAAAAAAAACCGAAUACCAUUACUGAUUGCUACCGAUGUGGCUGCACGAGGUCUACAUGUUGACAAUAUUAGUUAUGUAGUAAAUUACGAUUUUCCUCAGACUCAGGACUUUUAUAUUCACCGAGUUGGUCGAACUGGACGGGCCGGAGCCAGUGGAGUUGCUGGCUUUGCCAUUUAUAUGUUCUUCACUAAAUUUGGCGGUUUUGGGUCAAUUCCUAAUAAACUCCCUGACAAAUUGCCCGAUGUUCCUAGUUCAGCUCCUAGCGUUCCUACUCAAGUACCUAAUACGCCCUCCUUUGAAGAUAUAAAAAAUAACAAUAAUAACGAGGAGACGAAUGAGUCAAUUCUGCUGCAACCAAUAAAUAAUAAUGUUAGUCGCUCAGCAGAGCAAGAAAUACAUCAAUUAUUAAGCAAACUAAGUGAAGUUCAAAAGAGUUGGUUAGAGACGUUAUUAGAUGCUCAAAAGGAGAUUAAGGAAAAUGGCGAUGAUGAUUUUGUCAAGGGGCAACUAAAAACAGCAAGAAGCAUUCUUGAAAAGAGGUCUCAAAGUCAAUCAACUAUUUCCCAGCAGUAUAGUAGAAAUGACCAAGCACAAACAAAUGCUAGUCAGCAAUUAUUUCUUUAUGACUUAAGGAAGAGGAUAGAUACAUUAUUGACUUCUCAAGAAAGGAUUGUAAAAAAAGAAGGAAAUAUUCCUUUUGCUCAGAGAGAAUUAGAUCGAGCAAGGAGAGAUUUAUCAGUAGCAUUAAAAGAAAGUGAAAUCAAUAGUCUCCUAACUAGACAAGAAGAAUUAACAAGCAAAAAUGCCCAAUACUAUCUAGAUCAUUUUUAUUCUAAAGAGGAAAGGACAAAACUAAUUGAAUUAGAUCUUAGUGGUCUGAAUUUGGAAGAUAUUUCUGGUAAUUUGUCACUGGGAGAAAUAGAGAAUAAAAAGUCAGAAACUUCUGUUGUAAAUGGUCGACGCAAACACAAAGAAUUCAAAGAAGAAAGUGUAUUAAAGUUUAAAGAAGAAGGUAGAUUGAGUAUUAGAAAUUUUCCAAUUUUGCGAGAAAUAGAUCUAAGUAUUGAGUUAAAUUGCUCUGAAAAUCAACUGAGUUCUAUUGAUUUUCUGAAAAAUUUACCCAAUCCCGAAAAAUUAACUGUUCUGGACAUUAGUGGAAACAAAUUUCCAAAACAAGAUUUAGAGAUUCUUCAAAAAUUUACCAACUUAGAAAUUCUCACAAUUCGUGCAAACCUUUUUCAUGGCUCUUUAAAACCUAUAAAAAAUAUGACUAAGUUGAGAGAAUUGCACAUCAGCGAUACAGACAUUAAUUCAGGGUUGGAGUACUUGCCUAAUAGUAUAGAAUUUGUUGAUUUAUAUCUCGACAUUCAGAAAAAACCCGAAGCAAAAGUAAAAAAAAUCUGCGAAGAAUUAUGGCUUUAUGGCGAAAAUAAGCAACCAAUUAUUUUGGGUAAUGUUCUUUUGCCGUCUGAGUUUUCUGAUGGAGAGAAAAACGAUGAGAAUUAUAGAAUGGAGGAAGUAAGCGAUUAUAAAAAAGUUCAUCUGCAAUAUAAACUUAAUUUUUUAUCAGACAAUCACAAGAAAAAACAAUCAAUGUUACCCCUCAAACUCUACAACAUAAAAACAGGAAGUAGAAAAGAUAAAAAACUGGCUGAAGAUUUAAAAAUAAUUUACCAACAAGGAAGCACAGAAUAUGAAAAAGAACUUACUAUGACUAAUGUAGAAGAACAAAACCAAGAAGUACCCAAGAUGGGUAUCUACUAUGGUAAUGCUGAAGUAACUUUGAUUCCUAUCAAUACUAGUACAAAGAAUGGAACAAUAGACAAAAAAAAUAAAAAAGAAUUUGCCCAAGAUAUUUUAAAAAAGAUAGCUGUAAAGGAACGUAAUCGAGGACUGCCUAUUGAUGGCAUUUAUUCUAUCUUAGGUUUAUUACCUUAUGGUGAAAAAGUGCCGGUCAGUUAUAAACCAAGGAUAUGUCCAGCAUGCCCUAAUCAAGAAGAAGUUGAGGGUUGUCAACACAAAUAUGAGGAUAAACAACGAGCAAUUUAUACCGAGGAAGAUUUAAAUCAAGUUUUAUUAGACACAGUGAUGAUAGCAGUGGAAAAAGUUAGUUUUUUGGGAGGAAUAGGUAUUGAUUUGAAAAAAGCAAAAUUAGAUUUAAAUAAAAAUGUAAUAAAGCUAACUGGUUCAAGAUACGCAAUAGAAGAAGAUUGGUGGCCAAGUGAUGAAAUACCGAAAAAAAGAGAAGUAAUUUCCGGCAUGAGACGUGAGCAAAAAAAAGUAUUAUUGGAUGAUUACAAACUCUUUGAAAAAGAAUUUCAUGUACGUAACAAAAACAAAAAAGAGCCUGCUUACUGUUUAACAUUGUUAGGCCUCGAGGAAACCCUUAAAUCAAUUAAGAAAGGAGAUACUUUAUUGAUACCUGAACUGGUAGAAUUAGCAAGGGAAAAUGCCAUUAAUUUUGAAGAUUUUGAGGAAUUAAAGAAAAAAAUGGAAGAAAAAACCCUACUCAUCGACAUGGUCAACAAAAAAGUAAUCGAAGGGGAGGAAAAUAUUGCUCAGUAUGAGGCUCAAAUUCAAGUUAAUCCUUAUCAAAAAUAA